AUGAACGAACUUCGACCUUCCUCGUCAGUAAACAAGGUACAGCGAGCGUGGUGGAAAGAGUGUACGGUAUACCAAAUCUACCCAUCUUCCUUCAAAGACUCCAAUGGUGAUGGGAUUGGAGAUGUUCCAGGCGUCGUCGAGAAGCUCGACUACAUCAAAGCUCUCGGCGUGGAUAUCGUCUGGAUAUGUCCAAUCUACAAAAGUCCACAAGUCGACAUGGGAUACGACAUUGCUGAUUAUCGAGCGAUUGAUGAGAGAUAUGGCACAAUGGAAGAUGUUGACCGUCUGAUUGAUGGCCUUCACCAGAGGGGUUUGAAAUUCCUCAUGGAUCUUGUCGUCAAUCAUACCUCAGACCAACAUGCGUGGUUUCAACAAUCACGGUCUUCCAGAUCCAACCCAUACCGCGACUGGUACAUAUGGCGUAAGCCGCGCUUUCACGAAUACCAGAAUAGAUACCCGCCAAACAAUUGGUCUGCAUACUUUGGAGGGAGUGCAUGGACCUAUGACGAGGGCACCGAAGAGUACUAUCUUCACCUCUUUGCUCCUGAGCAGCCCGACCUGAAUUGGGAAUGUGAUGAGAUGCGUGAAGAGGUCUACAACACUAUGCGAUUUUGGCUCGAUAAAGGGGUUGAUGGCUUCAGAAUGGAUGUCAUCAAUCUCAUCAGCAAAGAUCCACUCCUACCAGACGCCACGGUGACAGAUACGAGCAAGACUUUCCACCACGGCUGUGAGCACUAUGCCAAUGGUCCACGGUUGCACGAGUAUCUGGGAGAUAUUGGCGCCAUCAUGAAAGAGUAUGACGCCUUCUCUGUCGUAGAAAUGCCUUGGAUCACUGACCCGGAUGWGAUUCUACGAUGCGUUGGAAGCGACCGUGGAGAGCUCAACAUGAUCUUCAACUUUGAGAUUGUGGAGGGUAUUGACCACGGUGCUGGAGGAAAGUUCUCUGCAAAAGACUGGCAAAUGUCCGAGUUGAAGAGCAUUGUCAACAAAUGGCAGAACUUCAUGUACGAGAACAACGGUUGGAAUGCCCUGUUCCUAGAGAACCAUGACCAAGCCAGGGCCAUUUCCCGAUGGGGAUCCGACAGUCCUGCGUACCGACAGCAAUCCGCGAAGAUGUUUGCGACAUUCCUGGGAUUACAAAGUGGCACUGUCUUCCUCUUUCAAGGACAAGAACUGGGCAUGUCCAACAUCCCAACAGAUUGGAGCAUGGAGGAGUUCCGAGAUCUUGAGACACUGAAUCACUGGCAGGAGUUGAGCAACACGGACGCGAGUGAACAGCAUUUCCUGGAGAAGACGAAACUCCAAUAUCAUUUGAAAUCUCGAGACAAUGCUCGAACGCCCAUGCAAUGGUCAGCCGAGUCCAAUGCAGGAUUCACCACCGGUCAGCCUUGGUUCCGUGUCAACGACACCUACUCUGAAUGUAACGCCAAUGAUCAAGUCGGAGUUCGCGGCAGCCCGUUCGAGUAUUGGAGGGCAAUACUCAAGCUCCGCAAGGCACUACCCGACGUCUUCGUUUAUGGAGACUUCAACAUGAUUGACGCCGAGAACGACGACGUCUUUGCGUACAUUCGGAGCUGUGGCACAGAGUCGGUUCUGGUAGUCUGCAACUUUCGGGAGCAGGAUGUAGAAUGGAAAGUACCCGGCAAUGCGGUAGAUCUGAGAGGAAGUCGUCUACUGGUGAGUACGUACGAUGAGCUCUCUCUGGAUCGGUCAACGCUUCGAUUGAAGCCCUUUGAAGCCUUUGCUUGCACUAGCUCCGGCGAGAGAAGUCGACUGUAG